AUGUCUUCAUCAAUUCGAGUUGCAAUUUGUGGUGCUGGUCCAUCUGGUUUAAGUCAAUUACAUGCAUUUGAAUCAGCUAGACAAAAAGGUUGUGAAAUACCUGAAAUAGUAUGUUAUGAAAAACAAAGCGAUUUAGGUGGUCAAUGGAAUUAUACAUGGCGAACAGGUUUAGAUGAAUAUAAUGAACAUGUUCAUAGUAGUAUGUAUUUUAAUUUAUGGACAAAUUUACCAAAAGAAUGUGCGGAAUAUGUUGAUUAUACGUAUGAUAAACAUUUUGGUCAAUCAGUUCCAUCAUAUUUACCACGAAAUAUGUUUUAUGAUUAUAUUCGAGGUUAUGCUCAACAAAAUAAUGUUUGUCAAUAUAUUCAAUUUAAUAAAAAUAUUCAAUGGAUUAAUUAUUUAGAAGAAAAAAAUAAAUUUAAUAUAGUAAUAAAAGAUUUAAAAAAUGAUAAAAUCUAUUCGGAAGAAUUUGAUUAUGUUAUUAUAGCAACAGGACAUUAUUCAACACCAUUUAUUCCAUAUUUAAAUGGUAUUGAAACAUUUCCUGGACGAUUAUUACAUUCUCAUGAUUAUCGUUUUGCAGAAGAUUCUCAAAAUAAAAAUGUUCUUAUAGUUGGUAAUGGAGUUUCAGGUGAAGAUAUUGCGUUAGAAUUAUAUAAAUAUGGAACGAAAUUUAUUAGAAUUUCGUAUCGAACAAAAGCAAAAGAAUUAAAAUGGCCAGAUGAAAUCAAAGAAGUUCCAUCAAUUACUAAAAUUGAUAAAAAUAUUGUUUAUUUUAAAGAUGAAUCAUCAGAUAGAUUUGAUGCGAUUAUUUAUUGUACUGGAUAUGUUCAUCAUUUUCCAUAUUUAGAUGAUAAUCUUCGUUUAAAAUCAUCAAAUUCGAUUUAUUUACCAAAUUUAUAUAAAACAAUAUUUUGGUUAGAUCAACCACGUUUAAUUUAUAUUGGUAUGCAACGUGUAACAUUUGCUUUAAAUAUUGCAAAUAUUCAAUCAUGGUAUGCAAGAGAUUUUAUUCUUGGAAAUAUUAAAUUACCUGCGACAAAGCAAGAAAUGGAAUUGGAUAUUAAACAAUGGAAAAUAAAAGAAAAAAAUAUAAAAAAUAUUUAUGAUGCUUUUCAUUUUCAAAAAGAUUAUCUUAUUGAUUUACUUAAUUCAACUGAUUAUCCAAAUUUUAAUGUUGAACAAAUGAUGGAAAUUCUAUUUGAUUGUAUUAAAGCAAGAAAUGAAAAUAUUCUUACAUAUAGAGACAAAAUUUAUACUUCACCUAUAACUAAUACAAUUGCUAAACAACAUCAUACAACAUGGAUUAAAGAAUUUAGUCAAUCUUUAGAAGAUUUUAUUCAAAAAUAA